CGGACCGGAACGUUCCCAUCCGGAAUCGGUAUAGUUUUGUUCGUCCAGUGUGUGUGUGUCUCUCGCACGAGUAGCAGAAAAUGGACUAAAUUAUCGUGUUAAAAUCGUUUGUUUCGCGCUAGAAAUAGUUUCAAAAGCUCAUUAAACCAUCACCGCAGAUGAAAUUCAUGGUCACGCAGGAGAAAACGAAGCAAAAUAAACCUACUCGGGCAAUAAACGCGGUGGUAGUGUGAAAUAGGAAGGCAACCAGUCAACAGUACAGAAUACACCAUGUCUCAACCACAGAGUAUCGGCGAUGUAAUAGAUACCCGGCGACGGUCACGUUCGAAAACUCCCGGCAUGAUGAACCUACGCGUCAGCAGCGAACGUGAGCUGAACGGGUUGGAAACGUCACCCGGUCGGAAGGUACGCAAACCGCCCACGGUCGGCGUGAUCGCGGAGGAGGAACCUUCAGCCGCCGCCGGCGUCGUGCAGAAAUCGGCUACACCGACCCAAGCGCGCUCCAAUCCCGCGCGAACUGCUCGUAACGUGACGUCAGACUACUCGUCCGAGGAUAUCUCGCCGGACCGUGCCCGCCAGGCGGCAACUGCCGUGGCAGCAAACGCACAGCUGUCCAAAGCAAUGAGCCAGCUGACGCAAUCGACCGUCAAUACCACCACAACGACGAAAACCGUCCAGGAAACGACGGUCGUGAUCGGUGGCGGGAAGGAAACGGUCAGCACCCGGCAAACGAUCACACAGUCCAGCACCAACAACAGUGCAACGAAUGCGGAUGAUAAGGAAAGAACCACCACAACCACCGCAGCCGGCAAGGAAACGCUUUCGACGUCACCAAAGAAAGAUGCCGAUGGCGUGCAGAAGGUGCAGACCCACUCAACCGCCACGCGAAGUAGCAAGGCUUCCGUGACGGCCGCCGCUGCCGUUAUACGUACGAGCACGCCCAAGAAUGCCGCCCAAAAGCUGGCCUCCGCUAAGGUUAUCCUUACGCCGGAAGAGUUGCAGCAGCAUGCCGCCUACAAAGAGUACCUGGAGGCGGGCGAAUACUGGAACAAGUACCCGAAGACGGAUUACACCUACUCGGAGCUUUCGCCCCAUCGGCGCGAAGUAGCACCGGGCCUGGUGGCGAUGCCCAACAUGUCACGGCCCAGCUUAAACAAGCACGCCGAACGGGUGCAAACGAUGAUCGAGCGCAAUCCCGAGCAGGAAGCGUACAUCCGGGAGCGCUACACCUCGGCCCGGUCCCGGUUGAUUCGAUCGAAUCCGUACGAUUCGAACGAUGAGUCGGAUGGGCGGCUGUCGCAGAGCAGGAGCAGCAACACCCACCGACAGCAGCACCGUGCAACGAUCGAGCAGCGUUCGAUCGUGAGCCGAUUCUUCCUGUCGAUCGUAACGCUCUGCUUUACGUGUGUCGAUUCCGUGCGCAGCGUGUUCCGCCGCCGGGAGGAACACCACAUGUACUACACGCGCAUCGAGGACGAACGAGGUUUCUUUGCCCGUGUGUCCGACGGUAUGAUGUCCUUCUUCGUGAACGUUUUCAAGCGCAUCUAUCUCUUCAUCUCAUCCGUCCUAUUUCUGGACGCUUGGUUGCUGCAAACGGCGGCAGCUAACAGCGAACAGCAGCUGCAACGUGGACAGCGAAAGCGUCGCUUCUUGCUGUUUCUGCUGGUUCUGCUACCAUUCUUGCUGAUCGGAGCGUUCCUACUUGCGGACGAAGAUCAGACGAUCGUUCUGCCUGCAUCGUCCCGUGCCACGCUCGCUCUCUCGUCGCUGUCCCGGAUCCUGCCUUCCAAUCUAAGGCAGUCGGAUCCGGACGUGGAGUAUUUCUAUCGAUUGUUGAGCGAACAGAAUGCAAACCUGCGUGAGAAGCUGGUUUCCGCCACCGCUUUUCUGCCCACCGUUUCGUCACUGUUCGGCUGGCCGUGGAGUUGGAUGGGUGGUGGUGGUGCCAGCAGGAAAGACACUCCAUACCCGGAAGCCAUACGUGCCACGCUGCAGCGUACCCUAAGCAAGGAAGAAUUUGAAGAGCUGAUGCGCUACAUCGAUGGAUAUAUCGAUGGCGUGAUGGAGCAAAAGUACGCCUCCACGGUUGCACGGUUGACGACUGAAUCGCUGGCGAAGAGUGUCGCUCCACCGGAAAUCACCGUCGCGCAGGUGAUCGAGGAAAGCUUAAGGUCCUACAACUACCAGCUAACCGACGGUGACGUUGAUAGGGUGGCGCAGAGCGUUCAGCAAUCGUUGCGUGCGAACUAUCCGCGGCUGUUUGACCAGGCCGCAGCCACCUCGAAGGAUGGUAGCAGCAACGUUGCACUGUCGAAGGAAUACAUCGCCGAGAUUCAGCGGUUAGUGGAGCAGCACAUUACGGUACAGAACAAUCGCUACGUUAUCGGCGGACCGCAGCUGGAAGAAAUUUUGGCACGCAUAUUAUCGUCCGACAGGCUGAGCGCUUUAAUCGAUCAAAGGAUCGCCGGUGCGGUACAGUCCGAGGCACGUGCUGUGGCUGCCGAGCAGCGCGAUCGAGAAGCAUUGGUGGACGACCUGCGCAAAGAGCUAACCGACAUUAAGACACACUUUAGCGAGCAGUUGCUGAGCAGCAGCGCGCAAUGGGACGAACGGCUUCAGCUGGUGCGCCAAGAUCAGGCACUGUUCGAGCAACAGCUGAAAGCGUAUCGGCUAGAAAGCGACAAACUGUACCAGACUCUGUUGGCCGACAUUGAUAACCGAUUGAACGCGCUGCGGGAAGAACGGUACGAGGGGGUGAACAGAGUGGUGCGCGAGAAUAUUAUCACCAUUUUAGGGCUAAGCGUAAAGCAAGACAUCGCCGACGGGGAUCUUCGGGCGUGGCUUAAUGGAUUGUUUGUGGCACGGGACGAGCUGGAGCGGCGGCUCGUGGAGCUUCAGGCGAAGGUGACUGUGGACGUGCGGGAAGAAAUCGAACGAACGGCGGGUCGGUUGAUGAAGGAAGUAGGCGAACAGUUGCGUGUGGAAAUGAUGGUUCGGUUGCGGGAAGAAGCACAGGCGGCCGCGGGUGGAGACGGUGAUCCUGCACCGACGACCACGACGACAAGCACGUCCAAUCUUACCGAGGACGAUGUGAAGCGGAUCGUUCGCGACGCGCUCGUCGUGUACGAUGCGGACAAGACGGGUAUGGUCGAUUAUGCGCUGGAGUCGGCCGGCGGUCAGGUGCUGUCGACACGGUGCACCGAAAGCUAUCAGGCCAGCUCGGCCGAGUUUCGCAUUUUCGGUAUCAUCCCGAUCUGGUAUCCGUCCAACACGCCGCGAACGGUCAUUUCGCCCACGAUGGAACCGGGCCAGUGUUGGGCGUUCCAGGGCUUCCCGGGGUAUCUGGUCAUACAAUUAAAUACCGAGAUUCUCGUGACUGGCUUCACGCUGGAGCACAUUUCCAAACUGCUUGUAUCGAACGGAUCAAUUAGCUCAGCCCCGAAGCACUUCACUGUCUGGGGCCUGGUAGCACUGAACGAUCCCGAACCUGUCCUGCUAGGCAGCUACGAGUAUCUGGACCAGCUGGGCAGUAGCGUGCAGUACUUCCCGGUGCAGAACAGGGACUGGCAGCGUCCGCUACAGAUUGUGGAGCUGCGCAUCGAAUCGAACCACGGCAACAUUCACUACACCUGCCUCUACCGGUUCCGAGUGCACGGCGACAAGCCGUAGACCAGCCAGCCCAGCCCGCGACACGAAGUCGUUCCUUCGGGGGGGCAAUAUUUUUAAAUUGUUUUUACAAUAUUUAUUCCUCAGUUAUGAAGAACAUUUUUUUUUAGCGUGUUUAAAGGUAAGGUGUGGUGCAGUGCAGUGUCCAUGUUUAGUUGUAAAUAGUUUUGUUUGUUUCCUAACUAGUAAAUGAUUUUGUUUGUACGUCCGCUCCGUUGGAAUGAUACCAUUGAUUAUAGUUUUAGGAUGCUGUCUCGUGUCCGGUUCGUAGGGAAUGUUGUACUCGUCUUUAGGUUACAUACUUUAUAUACAAUACCAAAAAAAGCUUAAGCAACCAUUUAAUAUACUUCUUGUGUUCUUUUCUGCCCAAAGCUACUCCCGUUAAUACUUUGUUUCCCGCCUAUUUCUCCUUCGAAUAGCGUUUGUGGAAGUUUUGUGUUUGCAAUGACUAACUUUUCUCUUCCCAUUUCAACUAAUGAAAAGUUAAGUGUUUCUGUUUAGCUUUUUUCGAUUAGUUUGUUUCUUAUUCUAACCAAAAAGGGUUUUUCUAACAUUUUCUUAUGCUGUGUUGCUCAUGCGUUACUCGUACUCCGUCAGCCAUCUGUAUACUUAAAUAGGUAUUAUAUUGAUUGUAUUCAGUAUCUGUUGUGGUUUUACAUUAGUUUACAGAUUCGUUUUUUGUGUGAGUUAUAAGUGCUAGCUGUGUUCGUUCUUGUACAGAGCUGUAGUUGGACGUGGUAAAAACGUCCGAUAGGCUGGUUUCGAGUUGUGAGACUAAUUUUUGGGAUAACUUUUAAUUUACUAAACCCGUAAAUUACCAUCAGCUUAAGCUAGUCGUUAUGAGGGAGAGAGUACUAAUCGACCAAAUUAUUGCAAGUUCGCUAAGAAAGGGAGAGAGAGAGAGAAACAAGGAGAGAGCAACCAUAGUGGCCUUAAAGUAAAAUUGCUUGUUCUAAUAAGAAAUACUAACACACACACGCACACACAAGUUGGGUCCAGGUGUUAAGAUACACGAAGGAAAAGGUUAGAUUUUAUACUUUAAUCCAUUUCGAUAAAUUUCAUUCCAAAUUCAGAACUGUUUGAUAUCGGAUUUUUCUUAUUUUCUAACACCAAAAUACGUAAGUCGAUUUUUAUUUCGUAGAAAGGAAAGCAGCUCUCAUGAAUUUGAAGUUUAGUACAAAAUCAGGCAAAACGUAAUUUGAAAUUAUUAUUAGGCGUUUGUUCUGUUUCUUGCCUCUUUAGUUUAGCUUUUACUACAAGCUGUUUCUUUUAAAGCAAGUGAAAUAGUGAAGCGAUAGAAAGUGACAGAAUAAGUGGUAAGCAGCUAAGAUUUAAAACAAAAAUCGCCAUCCUUGUCAAUAAAAUGAAGCUGUUGUCAGGAUUGACAAUCAUAUGAAAGUGGA